UUGCAAAAUAGUGUGUACAAUAAAUAAUAAAUGGAUCGUGGGAUUAAAAAGAAAUGGUUUAACUAUGCGAUAGAAAGUUUAAAUAAAUACGUAAUCAGAUAUUUGGAUCUGAAACGUCACGCGUGGGAUUUAACCCUCAACUGCCCAGAGCUUCCCGAGGUCCACUUGUUUAUUCAGCGCAUCUCUUCCGGACGACCUUAAAAGAUCCAUUCGCCAGUGAACCACUCGGAGCGGCCGUCUGGCAUAGCCGGCUUUUAAGGUGGACCGACAUCUACCCGACCUCCACGACCACUUCGCUGGUGCGGUACACGUUUAAGGUUCCAUCCCGGAAGCGUCAGUUACCGCGAUAACACGAUGCGGAAAGACCGCGAUAGUUAGAACUCGCUCUCCUAUUGGUCCGAUGACACCGUCGUAAGAUGGCGCCCUGCGAAAUAUGAGUAGAGGAAAAAUAAAAAUAACUAGUUUGCCAUUUCGCGAAAAUAAGGGAAACGGAAGAAUAAAGAAGGCGCAGGACGGGAGGAACACGCCAGCAGCUCUUAGCCUCUUAGUUGGAAGAGGGGCCAUCAUUUCGGCCCUUUUGAGGAAGAGAGCUAGCUGUAGCUAACGCGCCUGCUAGCUCCGGAGAUUCCUCCCGUAGAAGAUGAACAACGCGCUGGAGGGAUCGGGCUCCUACGAGGAGCUCGUGAGGCAGAAGGCUCGCAGCAUCCCUCAGCACCGCAUGAAGGAGUUCCUGGAGUCCUUGGCCACCAAGGGCCCCGACGCCCUGCAGGAGUUCAGCCAGCCGGGCGCAGACACCACGGCCACCGCCAUGGUCUACCAGCAGGAGGCCAACUGCAUCUACACGGACAGCACGGAGGUGGCGGGGUCGCUGCUGGAGCUGGCCUGCCCGGUCCAGCAGCCGCAGCAGGUCCACGAGUCCCGGCAGCAGAACCAAGAGCAACAGAUAGUUCAGGUGCAGAUCCAGGACCAGCAACAAGCUCAAAUACUGGGCCCGGUCCUCCACCUGCCCUCCGGCUCCCUGCAGCAGCUGCAAGGUGUGAUCACUGCACAGCUGAUUCAGCCGGGGGAACUCACGGAGGAGCAGCAUCAACAGCUGCAGGCCCAGCUGGUGGCAGCUGUAGCAGCAGGACAGCAGAUCCAGAUCCAGACUGUGGGGGCGCUGUCUCCCACCCAGCAGCAGGACGGCGGUGAGAGGAGAGCGCUGGGCGCCGCCACGUCACCGGGAGCAGCCGGCGUCUUCCAGCCGGCCAAGAAGCGUAAAGUGGACGUACCCAUCACGGUGUCCUACGCCCUGCCCGGCCAGCAGGUGGCCACGGUGCUGGCCCUUUCCCAGCCGCAGAGCUACGUGUCCCUGCGGCCGGACCUCCUAACGGUGGACAGCUCGCACCUCUACAGCACCACGGGCACCAUCACCAGCCCCACGGGGGAGACCUGGACCAUCCCCGUGUAUUCGGCCCCCGUCGGCUCCGGGGGCCGCGAGCAGCAGGUCACGCACAUCGCCAUCCCGCAGGACGCCUACGGAACGGUGCAGCUGGCGGCGCCAAACGCCACGACGACGACGCAGGUCGACGAGGACAAGCUGAAGAGUCAGAGUCAGACGGCGCAGGCCGUGUCCAGCAUCACGAGCUCGGGGGGGAUGGGCGGCGGCCCGGAGGAGGUGGUGCACACGCUGGCUUCCAGCGCGCUGUUCCCGGCCCAGCUGAUGAACGGGAACAUCCACAUCCCGGUGGCCGUGCAGGGCUACGGCAACGCCACGCAGUCCCUCAUCUGGGACCCGCAGCAGCAGGUGCUGCACACACAGGCGCUGUCGGGGCCGGACGCGCAGCACCUGCAGCUGUUAACGCAGGGGCAGACGCUGGUGUCCGAGGUGGACGGCCAGCAGCAGGUGCAGGAGCGGCUGCUGCCCGCCACCCUGAGGCCGGAGGAGGGGCUGGAGGUGUGGCGGCUCUGGGCCCAGCGCAAGAACCUCCAGCUGGAGAAAUCCGACACGCGCCGACUGGCGCCGAUCGGCCGGCGCCAGGCGCUGCGCUUCCAGGAGGACUUGGUGUCGUGUGCGGUGGCCGAGCUCUGCAUGGGCCUCUCGCUGAUGACCACGGAGGCUCGCGGGCUGGAGGAGGCGGAGUCCUACGAGGCCGACGUGCUCUACUACGUGUUCCUGUGCAUCCAGAAGUAUCUGUGUGAUAACGGCCGCGUGGACGACGUCUUCUCAGACCAGUACUACACUCGCUUCGCUCACAGUCUGCACCAGAUCCUGGAGCCCUGGAGGUCGUCGGUUCAUCCGCUGGGUUACAUCAUUCCCAGUCAUGUGACGGAGGAGAUGCUGUGGGAGUGUAAACAGCUGGGAGCUCACUCCCCGUCCACGCUGCUCACCACUCUGAUGUUCUUCAACACCAAGUACUUCCAGCUGCAGACCGUGGAGCAGCACCUCAGGGUGGCCUUCUCCAAGGUGCUGAGGCACACCAGGAAGAGCCCCAACAACCCCAAAGACAAGAGCACCAGCAUCCGCUACCUCCGGUCCACAGAGAGGCUCAUGGGACAGAGAGACGACAUGUACUCGGAGCAGCUGGAGGACCUGGAGAACCCCCUGCGCUGCCCCAUCAAGCUCUACGACUUCUACCUCUUCAAAUGCCCGCAGAGCGCCAAAGGUCGCAACGACACCUUCUACCUGACCCCGGAGCCCGUGGUGGCCCCCGACAGCCCCAUCUGGUACUCCACCCAGCCCACCUCCACGGACCAGCUGCAGCGCCUGCUCGCCCGCAUCCUCGCCAUCCGCGAGAUCCAGGACGCCGCCGGGGCGUCGGAGAGCUAGUCGGACUCUUAAAAAAGAAAAAAUGCUCUGGCGCCCUCUAUUGGCCGUGUUUAUAUUCAUCGUGCGUCUGUACAUACGUCGGCCUCUUUCUACGGACCCUGGACUCGCAUGUCGUGUUUCUGCUCUGAGCCUCAGUUCCCCUUUUUAUUUUAAUCUUUUAAUUAAAUAUUUUCACUAC